AUGGCAUCCAGUUCUGAACCUUUUCAUUCCUGGUUUGACCAAGCUCCAAAGCGGCUUAGGGAGUUGCAAACAGAGAUUGUAAUCCUGGUCUCAUCGACCGACAACUUCCCCAAGAACAAUCUGCAGAUCAACUACAACACGAGGAAAAUGAGGAAUGAUUCGCCAUCAGCUCUUGUUGACGCUAGCCAUAAUAAGGAAAUAUCAGAUGAUAAUGCUCCUCCAACUCUUGUUCCCAUUGAAACAAGCAUCAAAGAGAAGGAGAAUGGGAAGAAAACCACAGGUACAGGUAACGAGAACAGAGACGCUUUUCCUGAACAUCAGGACACAACCUUGCAGGAGCAGGACAACACCGAUGGAUUCAGCGACGACGGCCACCUCUCCCCCACCAUCUACGAAUACGCUGCCCAAGAAUUCCACAGUUUCGAAGAGGAUCGCUGGCCAGAGAAGUUCAAACCUGGGCAGGUCUGGGCUAUGUAUGGUGGUGGCAGUUCUGAUGCUUUCCCCAGGUACUACGGCUGGAUAAACAAAGUUGAGCCAGAGCCUUUCAUGGUGCACCUGAUGUGGCUGGAGGCCUACCCUAGGCAGUUUCAGCAGAAAUGUUGGCCGGAGCAGAAGGACAUACCCAUCAGCUGUGGAACAUUCAGAGUUGUAAACAAGGGAGCCAAGUUCGACACGACUGACGUCUUCUCCCACCUCGUGGAUGCUAGAGAAACCGGCAUACCACGCCAGCUAGAGAUUCUUCCACAGGUAGGCGAGGUCUGGGCCGUCUAUACCAGGUGGAUUCCUGCUUCUAGCAUCUAUGCUAGUGAAUUUACUCUUGUCGAGGUCAUCGGGCGCACUGAAGCUGGCACAAGACUGUCUGUCCUGACCAAAGUAGAUGGCUACGUUGCUGUGUUCAUGCCUGGCGGCGAGGGAAAUCGGGUCCUGGAGAUCCCUGCCUGGGAGACUUCUUGGACGUUCUCGCACUGCAUACCAUGUUUCCGUCUCACCGGAGAAGAAGGCGGUGAUGGGCUCCGUGGCUUCUAUGAGCUUGAUACUGCUUCCGUCCCAUACUCCUCUGUGCUUUCCGUCUUGUGCGGCCAGGACAAGCCAAAGCCAUGA